AUGGAAACCAUUUUCCAAGACAAGGAUUGCGAUAAUUUCGGAAAAGGUCAGUCAGUAAUCAUCCACAAAGAUAACGGCAACCAGUUGGUCGAUUUUAUGGUAGAUGUGACCGUACACUGGAUAGUAGACACCAGCAGUGUCCCACCCGAGAUGCUGAAUGUCCAAGAAGUUGUAGUAUGCAAGAAUGACGAAGCUCCAAAGGGAGACAAAUAUUUUCUUGCAUCUGUCGAUUGUGAUGUAGAUGGUGGAGAUGGUGAAUAUGUGCCAGGAAAAGAACUUCCUGUGGCUGAAACACUUUCGCAGAAUCCAGUUCAUGAAGGAAUCACAAGUGAUCAUGAAUUGGAAAAUGAUGUUUCAAUUCACAUUGAUGCAGUGAUCAUUGCUGCACCAAUAUCCAGUAAUAAACUGAAAAAAAUUCAACAAAGUACAGUUUGUGAUCUAGAACUUCAAACAGUAAUGGGAUAUGUCCGGAUGGCCAGAUUAUGUGAAGGAGGUAAAACAAUAGCCCGUCCUUCCUAUCACAAACGAGGAGAACUCAGCUGCUACAGUGAUUUACUGACUAACGGUCAAUGCAUAGUCAUUCCAACUUCAGUGAGGAAGUACGUACUAGAUACAAUCCAUGCUGGACAUCAAGGUGUCACAAAAUGUGUAGAAAGGGCCAACAUCAGUGUUUGUUGGCCAGAAAUAACAGCUGAAAUUAAGAAGUUAAUUGCAGCUUGUACUGACUGUCAAAUCAACCAGACAUCUCAGCGCAAAGAACCACUGAUUACAACUACAUUGCCCGAAAAGCCAUGGGAGCGUGUGGACUAUUAUUCCAGAUACAUUGAAAUUCUUCAUUUGACAACUACUGAUACCAAAAGUGUAAUCCUAAAGCUAAAAAGUACAUUUGCAAGAUUUGGAAUACCAGAACAAAUAAUAUCAGACAACAGACCACAGUUCAGUAGCGAAGAAUUCAUAGAUUUCAUUCACAUGGAUCCUGGAUAUUGA